AUGAAAAUACUAACGGCAGACCCGAAAAACAUCACUAUUGAGACCAAUUGCAGCGCUGGUGUCAUAGUUAGACCUAAUAUCGUUACAACGGAUGUUGUAUUCAGUCCUAAGGCUCUCGACACUCGGGUUAGAAAUGAUAAUAAUUUAAGUAACCAAACGGCUGAACAUGUUUUGAACAUUACAUACGAGAACUCAACGCUGACCAUCAAAGUUGUCUACACAACCAAUUGUUUGGAUCUGAUUUGUAGACCUCCGGUGUUUGUCAAACAAAUACCGGAUCACUUGUUCCACAAGUUGGAGGGAGUGGUUGUGUACGACGACCCCCGCACCCAAGUGAAAGGCCAUAUGCUAUGGUUCAACAUCUCUGGUCAGCCCCGCUAUUGCUUCACACCCGAAGGCCAGAAUCUCUCCGAACAGUGCAAUUUGACUGAAAAAAUGUUUGCGUUUAAAAAGCAAUGUUUUGCAUCGGAAAGGGUUGAAACUUCUAAUACAAUAGUAUUAGUUAUCUUAGAACUACUGUUGAUAUUGGGAGUGAUUUUUGUAAUAACAAUUGCGAUAAUGGUUUACAAACGACAGCAAAUGAGUGGUGAAAGUAGCGCCAAGACAUUGAAACCCAAUGAGAAAAUGAGAAAAGAGAAGAGUACUGUCGCCAGAAGGGGAACCGAUUUGGAGAGGCGUUUAUUAAGAGACAAAAACACUACACCAGACGAUAAUCACCUCAUUUUGUGCAUCAAUCAAAUCACUGAUCACAAGCCGUUGCGGCGGUGGCGCCACAAAAGUGUCGGUCAUUUGAUGGCCGAUUUCUACGCUCGCAUCCCGGUUGAGCAACCGUCACCGCAUUGGCUGGCCGGGAGUGCGGAACACUCCGGGACAGCCGUCCGGACACCGAUGGCCCACCACUUGCGAGUGACUCUUCAUAUGCAGCUGAAGGUGCAGUCGAUUCAUCCCGACAGCGGUUUGUCUACGGAUUUGUUGGCCUUUUUGUCGGGAGUUUUGUCCACCGCUUUCUCAGCCGUUUUAUCGCCUUUUUUAUUGACUAAUUUGUUGGCCAUUCUUUCAAUCGGUUUCUUAACGGGAGUUUUGGCCACCAAUUCCUCAACAGUGUUGUCCGCAGUUUUGUCACUCGCCUUCUUAUUUGACUUUAUAAGAGACCUUUUGUUCGCCGUUUUAGUGGCCGCCGUCUUCUCGUCCGUGGAUUUGACCGUUUCUUUGACUAUUUUGGACCUCAAUUCACGACUGUUUGGCGUAUCAUUCGGUUCACUGUCGCUGAUAUGGCCGUCAGAUUUAGUCAAUGGUGGCCGUGUUCUUGGAGUGAUUGGAGUGGUUCGAGAUCUGAUUCGAGUGAUGGCACCCGUAUUGUUGCACUCGUAUUGCGAAUGA